GGCAAAAAAAAAUUGCCAAGGACAAUGUCGGUAACGCCUAGUAAUUUGUCACUCAACGGGACGAGCUUCAUCGCUGAAAAUCAUAACAUUAUGGAUAAGCCUAGUGAGCAGAGAACUUUGAAUGUCUUUCUGUUCUGCCUGACUUUUAUCAUAGCAUUCACAGCACUUCUAGGCAGCAUUUAUUCACUAGUUUCCCUGCUGAAAAUGCAAACCAAAACCUCAGUUUCAAUGAUUGUGACCUCUUUGUCAAUAGAUGAUUUGAUCAGCAUUGUGCCAGUGAUUAUCUUCAUGCUCACCCAGUGGUCAAGUGAUGUCCUCCCCCAGCCUUUGUGCACCACCUCAGCGCUUAUAUAUUUAUUCCAGGGCAUUUCUAGCAACCUGAAGGGGUGUCUUAUAGUUUCCUUCAACUUCUACACCAUCAACAAAACCGGGACGAUGAGCUGCAGCACUUCCAAGCGACGAGUGAGCGUGGUAUGGGCCAUCCUUACCAUCUGGAUUGUCAGUUUGCUGAUCUGCGUUUUGCCUCUCUGUGGUUGGGGCAAGUACAUCCCCACCUCCUGGGGCUGCUUCCCAGACUGUGCCAGUUCCUACAUCUUGUUUUUAUUUGUUGUCUACUCGCUGUGCUUUUGCCUCCUCACAGUGCUGUCUGUUCCUCUAACUUACCAGCUGUUGUGCUCAGAUGAGCAACAGCUACUGCACAUUGAUUACCAGGAAAUCUCUCGAGGCUACAUCACCCCUGGGACACCUGCAGGCUGCAGUGCUGCUACCCCACCUCUGUCACCGCUGGACCCUGUGGAUCAAACCCUGAAGCAUUUCCAAAACACGUGUGCAAGCUCGGAGGCAGUUUUUAGGGAAGGGGGGGCUGAGAGCGGUGCACUGGAGCCCCGCUGCACAGACAGCACACAGAGCAGGAGCUUCACCGUGGGCUUUGCUCAGAAACGAUUCUCGCUGAUUCUUGCGUUGACAAAAGUCAUUCUCUGGCUUCCAAUGAUGAUACAAAUGGUUGUCCAGCACAUCACUGGUUAUCAGAGCCUGUCGUUUGAGACACUUAGCUUCCUGCUGACUUUGCUGGCUGCCACAGUCACCCCAGUAUUUGUCCUGUCAGAACACUGGAUCCACCUGCCCUGUGGCUGCAUCAUUAAUUGCAGGAGGAAUUCCUAUACAGUGUCUUCAGAAAAACUCAAAACCAAACGCAGGGGUUUCGAGUUCAACCUGUCGUUCCAGCAAGGGUAUGGAAUCUACAGAAUAUCCCACGAAACCCAGCACCACCCCGACGGCGACGGGAAAUCCGCCUCCUGCCACCACCUGCUGAGCUGCGGCCGCGGGCAGACACCGGCGCCCCUGGCGGGGGAAGAGGCCGGGCAGUUUCUGGAGGGCGCGGAGAGGAGGUUGUCUCACGAGGAAAGCCAUAAACCCGAGCUGGCGGACUGGGAGUGGUGCAGGAGCAAAUCCGAGAGGACCCCUCGGCAGCGAUCAGGUGGGGCCUUAGCUAUCCCUCUGUGUGCCUUUCAGGGAACUGUAUCUCUUCAGGCGCCCACGGGGAAAACGCUCUCUUUAUCCACAUACGAGGUAAGCACUGAAGGGCAAAAGAUAACACCCACGUCAAAGAAAAUUGAAGUGUAUCGAUCUAAAAGUGUUGGUCAUGAGCCAAACCCGGAGGAGUCUCCUAAUACCUUUGCUGACACAAGCGUUAAAAUUCACCUAGAGGUACUUGAAAUUUGUGACAAUGAAGAGGCCCUGGACACUGUGUCAAUCAUCAGUAAUAUCAGCCAGUCCUCCACGCAGGUAAGGUCUCCAUCCUUACGUUACUCACGGAAAGAAAACAGGUUUGUCUCAUGUGAUUUAGGGGAAACUGCCUCCUAUUCCCUCUUCAUACCCUCAAACAAUCCUGACAGCGAUAUCAACAUAUCAAUUCCAGACACUGUGGAAGCUCACCGGCAGAACAGUAAAAAGCAGCAUAUGGAAAGAGGUGGCUAUCAAGAAGAAAUACAAAUGUUGAAUAAAGCAUACAGAAAGCGGGAAGAAGAUGGUAACAGCAAUUAAAAGGCAUUUCAUCUAGACAUUUAAACUGGUUUGACAGACAUUGCUCCUCUUGACUCAAGUUACCCGAGCAACUAAAAUGUCAACUGGUUUUUCCUAACAUAGAAAUGAAUUUUACUUGGGUACACUGUUAAAUAGAUUAAAACUUUUAAUGAUAUAUGGAUGGGAUAUCAAAUACUUAAGUGCUUUACAGCUUUGCAUUAGUGAAUUUCAAGUUAUUUAUAUACUUACUUAUUUGAGGGACACAUGUGUCUAGAAGGAAUCCUAAAUGAAGUCCCCAAAACCAGCUUUGGCUGCUUGUUGACACUGGGUGUCUGUCUGUGGGAGCCUGUGGAAAAUGACGAGCAGCUCCACAGGUGGGAAGCUGUAACAGUUUUGGCUGACCUGCAAUUGUGCUCUUACUGAUGUGCCAGACUCCAAACAUUUACCUGA